AUGGAGGAGGGCGAUGACACAUUGCCUACUGGCUACCAGGCAGCAGACUCGAGCUCUGAUAAUAAUGUGUUACAGGAUAAGAUUUCCUUUGACUUUUCAGCGGACCAGUCCAGCUACGGGAGUUCAUCACAGGACGAUUCCGACGGCCUAAUGGUACCCGAGAAACCCUACCGGGAGCCCGAAGCAGCAAAGCACUCAGCCAAUCGCGCGGUAUCAGAGCCUCGAGUCUCUCCGGAUGAAAAUGGAAGCGACUUGUCGCUGGUCGUUUCUGUGGAAGCCGCAAGGCAACCAUCAUUAGCCGACCCGGACACAAGGGCAACGCAAGCUCAGGACACUGAUAUUUUGCGGCGUCGCCAGAAGCUUCAGGUUUCUUUGCCUUUUAUGGAGUUGGAUGCCCGAGAUCAAUAUGAAGAGGUGCAUAGCAACACCAUCGAAAGGGUAUUGGACCUGAGGGCUUCGGGAGAUGAUGACGAGCUUUUGGCAGUGGAGCUGACAGAUGGAACACAAUGCGUGAUCCCUUUGGUAAAUCUGGAAACAUUCGAAAACGGCCCCGAGGCUCUUGAAACCUACUUUAUGGGAAUGGAACGUGCCAAAAGGAAGCGCAAGGCUGCGGCUAAGGAUUAUUGGGAAUCUGGCAGCAGCUCCAACAGCUCAGCUUCAGACGCCAUGGACCUAGACGCCGAUGUGGACGCCGAAGAACCCGAUGAGCUCAUCGCAACUGCCCGCAGGUCUAGGCGAUGGACUCGAGAGCCAACAGCAUUGAGGAAUGCGACUGUAUCAAACCCAGAAGCUAGUGACGAGUCUGAUGUGGCUAUGUUGGACACUCGCCGACGUAGCCUUCGCCAGAGACCAGCAAGGCCCCCACAGGUCUCGUUUCAAGAGGCAGAACUUGACAGCUCCCCCGGAAACGCAAGAGAUGAUGAUGAUGAUGGCGACGACUAUAUUGUGCCAGUGGUUUCUGACCUCGGCAACUCUGGACGCAGAACGACAGGGUCCAGGCUGCGCUCUCGACGACGUUUGGUUCAAAAAAGUGCGCUCGCAAGAUCUGGCGACUCUGAUAUAGAGUUUGAGCAACCCAGGAGAUCGUCCCGGGCUACGCGAAAUGUCAAGUAUAUGCAAGAUGACUUUGACUUGGACGAAGACUCGUUCACUCGAGUUGAAAAGCUCGGAAUUCCAAAAAUCGUCUCAGUCAAGGAACUUUUUCGACCUGUUCCGCUGGAUUCUCCAUUUGCAAUUGUACACAGAAAUACGUGUCACACCUGCGGUAGUGCGAAUCAACGAAGCCAGAUUAUCUACUGCCAAGGUUGUAGUUAUUCUUAUCACAAACAUUGCAUCGGUCCUCGAAGUGCACGGGAGCAUCUUGUUUCCAAAAUAGGAGAAGCGGAUUUUGUGUUGCAGUGCCGGUUCUGCAUUGAGAUUCACAAGAAGAAGGAUCCCCUAGCUCCACGCCGUUCCGUUUGCCAAUUGUGCAAGACAGCCGGUCUUUCUUGCUCUCCGUUUUCACAAAAGCAGACAGCUCGACAAGAAGAGAAAUUGAGGAAACAGAACGGCGGAGUUGAUCCCGUCACCAAUAUACCAAAGGAACUGGUAAACAACUCGAAAAAUGUCCUCUUCCGCUGCACCAGCUGUAACCGAGGUUGGCACCAGCAUCAUUUACCCUCGAUCGGCAGCCCGAGUCCCGGGCGAGAGCAGGCGGUUGGGGCACUUAAGGAUUACUCCAUCGACUGGCAGUGUAAUGAAUGCGCUAUGGCGCAACAAAAGAUUCAUCGGCUCGUAGCCUGGCGAACGGCUCCCACAGCCAGCACAGAACGUCAAGCUUUUGCGCAGCUCUCUGAUGAUGACAAGGAAUAUCUAGUCAAAUGGGAGGGCGUGUCAUACUUUCACUGCACAUGGAUGCCGGGGGCUUGGAUAUUCGGCGUUGCGGCUUCUGUAAUGCGAACAGCUUUUGCAAAGAAAGCCCUGGAAGUCGACCUAUUCAAAACUAACAUGACAGAGGCCAUCCCCGAUGAAUACCUCAUGAUCGAUAUUAUUUUCAGGGUAAAACUGGAUCCUGAUUCAUCAAGAGCCGACUCCAGAGAGGAAGAGAUAGAUAAUCUCCCGCACAUCAGCAAGGCACUAGUCAAAUUUCAGGGUCUUGGGUACGACGAUGUGGUAUGGGAUAAACCACCAAAGACUAGCUCGGCUGUCCUUUACAACGCCUUCGAAGCCGCGUACAAAGAAUACCUUGCUGGGAAGUACUUUAAACAUUCUCCGCAAAACAAGAUGAAGCAGCGCAUAAAAGCAUUCAAAGAGGAAGAGCUAGAGGAGGUCGAGGUUCAGCCAGCUGGACUCGCGAGGGGAAAACUGAUGGGAUAUCAGCUGGAAGGUCUGAAUUGGCUAUUGAGUAACUUUCACUACGGGCGAAGCAUCGUAUUAGCAGACGAAAUGGGACUCGGCAAAACUAUUCAGGUCAUCAGUCUGGUGGUGUAUCUAGUGCAAGAUAAACCGAAGUGUUGGCCAUUUCUUAUUUCGGUCCCAAAUGCAACAUGCCAAAAUUGGCGGCGAGAAUUUAAACAGUGGGCGCCGGAGCUGCGAGUCGUCACCUAUCAUGGGGGCAAAGAGUCGCAAGACCUUGCAUACAAGUACGAACUAUUUCCAUCUGGAUCACGAGAGAUGGCUGCGCAUGUUGUCAUCAUGUCGUACGACUCCACUCAGGACCCAAAAACUAGUCAACGAUUCAGUUCUGUCAAGUGGGCAGGCCUAGUUGUCGACGAGGGCCAGCGACUCAAGAAUGAUCGCAGCCUGCUCUACCAGGCGCUGCGUGUUAUGAAAAUCCCAUUCCGGCUGCUUCUGACUGGAACCCCGUUGCAGAACAACAAAAGGGAAUUGUUCAACCUCAUUCAAUUCAUCGACCAUUCGCAAAGUGCCGAGAAACUUGACGAGGAGUUCCAAGUUCUCGAUAAGGAGACUCUUCCGAAGCUUCAUGACAAGAUUCGUCCUUACUUCCUGAGAAGAACCAAGGUUGGGGUACUCAAGUUUUUGCCCCCAAUGGCCCAGAUCAUUUUACCGGUUACAAUGACGGUCAUUCAAGAGAAGCUCUCAAAGAGUAUCAUGGCAAAGAACCCACAGCUCAUCAAGGCAAUCUUUGCCAACAGUAAGGUGAACAGGAAGGAGCGAGGAUCUCUCAACAACAUUCUGGUGCAGCUUCGCAAGUGCCUCUGCCACCCUUUCAUGUACUCGGAAGCAAUUGAAGAAAAACACGACGACCCAGCCGUCAUCCAUCGCAAUCUCGUGGAAGCGUCGGCAAAGCUUCUGCUCCUGGAACAAAUGCUUCCGAAGCUCAAGGAGAGAGGACACCGGGUUCUGAUCUUUAGCCAGUUUCUCCAGCAACUAGACAUCAUAGAAGAUUUUCUGACUGGCAUUGGCUAUCAGUACAGACGGCUCGAUGGACAGCUUUCAAGCUUGGAAAAGCAGCGUCGCAUCGACGCUUAUAACGAGCCAGGCUCUGAAAUUUUUGCAUUCUUGCUGUCAACACGGGCAGGGGGUGUCGGCAUCAACCUGGCCACCGCGGACACGGUUAUCAUCAUGGAUCCCGACUUUAAUCCACACCAGGACAUUCAAGCUCUAUCACGAGCCCAUCGCAUUGGUCAGAAGCAGAAGGUGCUUUGUUUUCAGCUUAUGACCAAGGACACUGUUGAGGAGAAAAUCAUGCAGGUUGGCAAAAAGAAAAUGGCCCUUGACCACGCACUGAUUGAAAGUAUGGAUGAUGACGAUGUUGCCGGGGAUGACUUGGAGAUCAUCCUGUCUCACGGUGCUCAAGCAUUAUUCAGCGAUGAUUAUCAGAAAGGUGCCAUCAAGUAUGAUGGGCCCUCGAUUGACAGACUUCUAGACCGAUCUCAAACCGAGCAGACAAGAGUUGAUGAAGAAGGGUCUGCGGAGGCUCAAUUCUCCUUCGCCAAGGUUUGGUCAAACGAUAAAGCAAGCCUAGAGGAUGAAUUGGAAGCAGCUGCCGAGACAGAUGCCCCGGAACCUAUCUCUUCCAGUGUCUGGGACAAGAUUCUGGCGGAAAGGGAAGCCGAGGCUCGCCGUCACGCCGAAGCAAACAAAGAAAGGCUGGGAAGGGGAGAAAGACGCCGAACUACCAAUACCUACAAGCCCGAUUCAUUCACCAUGUAUCUCCAGGAUGGUGAUGGGCCCAACGCCUCGGACUCUUCAGAUGAGUUCGCAGGUGCCAAUUCUUCGUCCACUUCUGACGAAGAUGAUGACGAGCAAGAAAACAACCUCGAUGACGCCCCAACGAAACGGCCGACCACCGCGAUCCAAACCAUCCAAGACGGCAGCACGUCCAACAUCAAAACCACGCACGAACUCAGCGAAGACGAGCUUCACGGGCGAGACACGGCCUACCAGUCCAAAGCCCAAGCGCAACCCUAUUGGACGAACCAGAAAUCACAAAGGGUCGCAGACUUCGAAAAAGGUAGUAUUGUCGAACACCCCAUUGAAAAGGUCAAAUUCAAAUACAGGAACCCGAAUUACGUGCCCCCCCGAAUCCGUUACGUCCCCUCAAACGAAGAAAGGUACAGCCAGCCUGCCCCUGACGCCAAGAGAAUCUCCAACGGUCCCAGAUACCAUCCGAACGACUUCUUCACUAGGGGGGUCAGCUAUGCUGCCUCGCCUGCCCCCUACCCCUUUGACUUGCCCCAGGCGCCAACCCUCCCAAGCAAUUCAGUAACAGGAAGCAGGCCCAUUGGCCCUCCUGCCGGAUUCCCAACGUUAUCUCAUUCACGCAUGUUUUCUGCUCGGUCACCAACCAAGCAUGUUGAACCCUUGCCUAGCUCGUAUUCCUUACCUCAGACACGCAUGGCAGUGGAGAGUCUUUCAGAAUCUGAUGUACGACUGGCUAUGGAUGCUAUUCAGCAGCUUCCAAUUGGAGAUACUUCAAAACGUCCACAUUUCCAGGUGCUCGCAAAGAGACUACAAGAAAUCAAUCAGGAUCAGCAACGACGUGGACCUCUUUGA